AUGACUGCUAAUUUCAGACAUGGCAUGGCUAUACCGAACAAGUUCAUAGACCAUUUCGGCGGAAAGAUUUCAAGGACCAUCGAACUGGAAUCCCAUAACGGCGGCAUGUACACUGUUGAAGUCUUCGAGCUUAUGAACGAAACGGUCCUCCGACGGCGUGGAUGGGAGGCGUUUGUCGAUGCGCAUUCCAUUGAGGAGAAUGACUCUUUGCUGUUUCGCCACAUUGAGAAGUCACGUUUCGAGGUCCUGGUGCUCGACUCCGAUGACUGUGAGAAAGUGCUUCCCUCUGCUGGCAUCAAAUCUGCUUCUUGUAAUGUUCAAGAAAGCAGGAGCGUGGAUUGUAUUGGAGAAGACAGUGACGCUAAGGCAGAGGAACAUUCUGAAGAUGAAUCGUCUUUUGGGCUAGAUGAUGAUUGUCAGACACCUUGCGCAGGGCGCGACUAUGUCUUGUCUCCAAAGGCUCGUCUGUCUGGAGCUCAGGAGGAGAGAGUAACUAGGCUUCUCCAGGCUGUUCGAGCCGAGACUCCCGUGUUCGUGGCCAUCAUGAAAAUGAACACACGGAUCCGUGAUCCCCAAGCUUUUUGCAGAGGAGCACUUCCGCGUGAGAGCCAGAACCUGACGCUGCAGCGGCCAGGCAAGAGCAAGAAGUGGCACCCCUGGUUGUACAUCAGGAAGAGUCAAUGUGGGCACGUCCUCACCGGGUCUCGCUGGGUAGGCUUCCUCCGUGACAAUGGCGUGCGCGAGGGAGAUCUCUGCGUCUUCCAACCAGUGAAGGGCACUGGCACCAGGAGCAAAUUCACAGUCCAUCUGCUUCACGAGCCCUUGGGUGCAAGUGGAAGUACUGGUCCGAAGAAAAGAGUAGGAAACACAAGGGUGAACUCGGCUGCCCCAGAAAGAUCAACCACUGCUUAUGGUCAUGGUGCAACAGCUAUGGAAAAGGCGGCGCCACCCGCCCCGACAACCCGCCGUGUCAACAAGGAGCAAGAUGAUGGGUGGAACCAUGGUCGUCAGACUCAGAGAGCACGGCAGCUACCAAAGCCGGCGCGUCCCUACAUAUUGUCAUCCACCGCACGCCUGACUGAGGAGCAGGAGAGGGAGGUGGACCGGACAGCUCGCGCCAUCGGGUCUCGUGUUCCCGCCUACGUCUCGGUGAUGAACAGGAGCAGCGUCGGCGUGGGCAACAGGAUCUACAACGUAACCAUUUCCUGUGCGUAUGCUGCCGAGUAUCUUCCACCCGGGGAGCGGGUCGCCGUGACGCUCGUGAGGAGGAAGAAGGCGUGGGAGGUCGAGAUGCGCGCGCGCGGCGGCGGGCGGGCGCUGGCGCAUGGCUGGCGUGGUUUCGCCCGCGACAACCGGCUGCGGGUGCAGGACGUUUGUCUGUUCCAGCCCAUGGAGAAGAACCGCCAGAGCCUUACCAUGACGGUCCACAUCAUCCGUCACAGCGGCAAGCGGAAGCAGUAGUUUCUCUUCUGUUUUAGCGCACCAGGUCGAUUUGCCGCUGGUAGUGGUGCUGGUCUGAAAACUUUGUUGGGGCAGUACUGUAUGUCGGGUACUAUGGCCAGUGGCUACUCUCCAGAACCUGUGUUUAUGAUGGCCAACAAGCUGUCUGCUAUGCAAUUUAUCAAAAAUGUUAGGCCGGGCU